AUGCAGACAGCUCCUACGCAUACAUCAGCGACGAUAACUUCGACCUUGUAUCCCACAACCACUUCUUCCUCAUCUCCACAAGCUCAGAAUGCCUAUCAUCCCAGAACCGUUACCGCAUCUCACUCACCUCAAUCUGUCGACAUAACAUCUCGAAACUCGCCGUCGUCAUCCAAGCGACCCAGUCGACAGCCUAGCACUAAUGGUGCCAACUCCAAUUCUGCGCUUGGUCCUCAACACUCUCAGUACGGGUCAGGGUCGCCAACAAUGAGUUCCUCCGCCCAACAAUCCUCCCAGAGUCCGAUGUCCUCGAACUCGACCAAUCACACACAUUCUCACUCUAAUGCUCCUGAAGGGUUAGGGCUAACGCCACAAAUCCCCCCUCGUACAUCAUCGAAUCAACGAUCCAGCAGACGCCAGGACUCGAGUCAAUCAAGAAGUCGGGGUGAGGAUCCAAAUGGCGGUCGUUCUCGUCGCAAAGGUCAACAAUCGCCUGAACGAUCCAGCUCAAACGAAAUUCCAGCCCAACAUUCCUCCGCAUAUCAAAGUCGUUCAGAUCAUGCAUUGGGCUCGUCAUCCGAGCCUACUGCCCUCGCAAGUGAAUCGAGCACCGUUCUUAAUCAAGUUAUGAUCACCGAUCCAGCUGAGGAUAUUGAGCGCGAACAUGAGCGAUUAAUGGAGGCACAGACCUCAACUGAUGGAGCAUCGAAUUCUGUCACUGGUCUUGGGCUGGUUGGCGAUGAAGGCGUAGACGAUGCUACCCGCAAUGGCCCACGAACUCGGCAAGAUUACUCCAACACAUCGGGGAAACGUAAGGAAACCACCUUCGGAAGGUACAUAUUAGGCCAGACAUUGGGUGAAGGAGAGUUUGCCAAAGUCAAGCUCGGCUGGAAAAGAGAUGGCAGCGUUCAAGUUGCUAUCAAACUCAUUCGACGGGAGAGCUUAGGCUCAAAUCCCAGCAGACUUCCAAAGAUCUACAGAGAGAUCGCAAUUCUCCGAGAACUAUCUCAUCCAAACAUUGUACGCCUGCACGAGAUGGUAGAAACUGAUCGCUACAUUGGAAUCAUCAUGGAAUACGCCUCUGGUGGAGAGCUCUUUGAUUACAUUCUCAAGAACCGCUAUUUGAAGGAUAAUGCAGCCAGGCGCCUGUUUGCGCAGCUCGUUUCCGGUGUUGGUUAUUUGCACAAGAAGGGAAUCGUGCAUCGUGACUUGAAAUUGGAAAAUCUGUUGCUCGACAGGAAUCGUAAUCUCAUCAUCACUGAUUUUGGGUUCGCCAACACCUUCAACCCUGCUGACGAACUUGGCGAGGAGAUUGAGUACAACCUUACCAACCGCGAAUUCGUCAAGAGAAUGGGACUAGACAAGACUGAUGCUGCUGGAUUGCGACGCGGCGAUUUGAUGCAAACUAGCUGCGGUAGUCCAUGCUAUGCCGCACCCGAGCUUGUUGUGAGCGACUCUCUUUAUACCGGUCGCAAGGUUGAUGUUUGGAGUUGCGGUGUGAUUCUGUAUGCUAUGCUCGCCGGCUACCUUCCGUUCGAUGAUGAUCCUGCGAAUCCUGAAGGAGACAACAUCAACCUCUUGUACAAAUACAUUGUUAGCACGCAUCUCACAUUCCCCGAAUACGUAACACCGCAUGCUCGCGAUCUAUUGCGCCGUAUCCUCGUUCCCGACCCUCGCAAACGUGCCGAUCUUUUCGAAGUUGCUCGUCACAGUUGGCUCAGCGAAUACUCACAUGUUGUGUCUCAUAUCACAAGUAGCACCACUAAUAUUUCAGACAUUGCUACUACAACCGUCCCUGCUGAAGGAACACAAGAAGGCCCUACACUGGCUCGCAGCGCAUCUGUACGCGAACCACCAAAGAGUUUCCAGGGCAAUGCAUCGACACUAGGCGGCUUGACUCACCAACAAGGAAAGGUUGCAACUCAAGAAGAGUCUUCUAACAGCAAGACCAAGACUUCAAGGGAAGCAAAAAGACGAACUGUUCAGGUGGAGUAUGUCGCACCUCAGUCGCAGACUGUCCGCGGCGACCAUACAUCGAGUACAUCUCCUCAAUCAGCAACGGCAACCCGAACAGGAUCUCGAGGCGUUGUUGAUCAGAACAAACCAUUACCAAGUGAGCCACAAGAAGCAACAGGACAAGUCUUCGAAACCUCGCAAACCACGCGCCCAAACACCGGACACUCUGCCAUGUCCCUCAAUGCUGGAAGACUUCCUUCUCGUGGCUCCUAUGGUCAACCAGUAGCACCUACAGUGGCAGCAACCAACGCUCAGGGUCGACUGGCACAGCCAAAGAAUGCUAAACAAUAUAAUAUCUCGUCACCAAUUCCUCAAGACCCGAACAUGUCUAUUGGACGGCUUAGCACCCACCAGCUCCCUACCACAUUCAACCAGACUCCUGCACAAGAACCAGUCAGGUCCCACAAGCGUUCAAGCACAGUCAGCAGUAUCGGAGAGAGGCUUUUCGGUCGCUCAGGGUCCUUUUUCGGUGGUCGACCAAACCAGCCUACUUCACGCCCCAAAACCGGAAAACGGUAUCCUCCAACAAGCAUGAAAGAGCCUUACUCCACCGAGGACUCAAGAACCUCGAUCGACUCUCGGCGAUCGAACUCGUAUGCGACCCAUACAGAGCCACGGCCGCGUCGAUUUUCUCUCAUGAACUCUAUCAGGGGAUUUUCAUCGGGGCGCAGUGAUCAGAAUUCGGAAAGCGGUUCUCAUGAUGCCGAAUACUCUCGGCCAGCUACAGGUCCUGGAAUGUUUACAGGACGCGAUGUCAGUGGUGGAUUCAGUGGAUACUCUGGCUCUCAGCAAGGCGAAGUAGCACCUCAGGAAACCAGCUAUGAAGCUCAUAUCGAUAGACAGUUCGCUCAACUACACGAAAGCAACCAAAUGUACCAGGAUCAAGAGCAGCCCAGUGACUACAAUGCAUUGGAGACAAAUGAGUACUACGGUUAUCCUCAGCGAGGGCAGCAAUACAAUGGGAGCUAUGACAGAUCGAGGCCAUCCGCGCAACUUUCUCGACCCAAACAGGGUGUUUUGCAAAAGAAUAAUCGAAAGUUUGCAGAUGCGUACGAAUACGAAAGGGACCAUUCACACCACUCUGGAAGCUCUGGGGCGGCAAGAAAAGUCAUGGACUUUUUCCGUCGGCGAGGCAAAGCCAGAGCUGGAGAGGAUCGGUGA